AUGCCUACUCCCAAAACAGUAAGUGACAAACCAGUGUGCAUCCACUGGUUCAGGCAUGGUCUGCGUCUUCACGACAAUCCCGCCCUUCUUGAUGCAUUAGAGGACGGUGGCGAGUUGUAUCCAAUCUUCAUCUUUGAUGGUGAAGUGGCAGGCACACGUACAUCGGGUUAUAACCGAAUGCGUUUCCUUUUGGAGAGUCUGCGAGACCUGGAUGACCAAUUUCGUAAGGAUGAUGGACGCCUGUUUGUCUUCAGCGGACAUGUCCUAACCAUACUAUCAAAUUUGUUCAAGGAGUGGUCAGUUUCAAAGCUGACGUUUGAUGCGGACGUGGAAGCGAUCUGGCACGAGAGGGACACACAGGUUCGGCGUCUCUGUGAGGAGUACAAUGUUGAAUGUGUCGAGAAGGUCUCGCAUGUACUCUGGGAUCCUGAAGAAAUUUUAAAGAACAACUGCGGCAACCCACCCCUGACCUACUCGCUGUUCAAUCAAGUGGCAGCGGCUGUAGGUGACCCGCCCCGGCCGGUAGCUUCCCCGGACCUAUCCAAAGUCACGUUCAUGGUUAAAAGCGAUCACGACAAGUUGUUCGGCAUUCCUGAUAUCCACAAACUUGGUGUGUUUGCGGAAAGUGAAAAACAGAAUCGGCGCCAUAAUAUCUGGGAGGGUGGCGAGUCAAAGGCUCUGGACCUGUUCCGACACAGAAUGAGGGUUGAGGAGAUGGCGUUCAGCUGUGGUAACGUGAUGCCGAACCAGACAUUUCCUCAAAUCGCGGGUCCUCCACUCAGUAUGAGUGCAUACCUAAGGUUCGGCUGUCUCUCCAUACGUAAAUUAUACUGGAGCCUCAGGGAUGCUUAUCUAAAGCAAUACCCAGGGAAAAGGUUCACGAUAUCUGCGGUCGGCCAGCUGAUGUGGCGGGAGUACUUCUACACGAUGUCUGUGAACAACAUAAACUACGACAAGAUGGACAGCAACCCAAUCUGCCUGAACAUUCCCUGGUAUCAGGAUACGGAAAAACUGAAGAAGUGGGAACAGGGAGAAACUGGUUACCCUUGGAUUGACGCGAUCAUGAAGCAGCUAAAAACCGAGGGUUGGAUUCACCAUGUGUGUCGUCACGCAGCGUCCACCUUUCUAACCCGUGGGGAUCUCUGGCUCAGUUGGGAGGAGGGGCUCAAGGUGUUUGACAAGUACCUGAUAGAUGCUGAUUGGUCAGUUAAUGCGGGAAACUGGAUGUGGAUGUCUAGCUCCGCCUUCGAGAAGAUCCUCCAGUGCCCUAAAUGUUUCUGUCCCGUGCGAUACGGACGCAAGCUUGACCCGGAUGGUGUUUAUGUCAGACGUUACCUGCCUGUGUUAAAGGACAUGCCCCUUCGCUACCUGUUUGAGCCAUGGAAAGCCCCCAAGUCGGUCCAGGAGAAAGCUCAUUGUGUUAUCGGCGAAGACUACCCCAAGCCCAUGGUGGACCACGGGAAGGCAUCAAAGAAAAACUACAACAUUAUGAUGGAAGUGAAGAAUAAACUGGUCGCCACUGGCAAAGAAAUAGAGCAUUGUGGUCCAGCCAACUCUGACGAAGUUAGCAAGUUUGUCUGGGUGCCGGGGACACACACUGGGACAUGUUCGUUGGGUAAAGAGGAGACGAGUGAAGGGAUGUUAUGUGACGGGCUCUUGGGAAUGUGA